AUGAAUGUUGCAGAACUGGCCCGAAGUGUCCACUCCGAUGGGUUUGUGGCGUUGCCAGUUGCAACGUAUGCAGCAUCAUCAUCCGUCGUGGAGCAACUACGCAGUCAAGUACUCAACCGCUACGAGGAAUUCCUGACCGAAGCUGCCAACCAGAAACUGGACUUGACACUGCGUGAAAACUCGGAGCGUCUUCCUGGUUUCUACGUCCGCGAAGGCGGUCGGAUUGACAUGCAACUGAGCUCUACAAGCUUCCAGACUCGUUUUUUGCCAACUAUUACAGUGGCAACUGUUCACUCCGUGGACAUGCCGCUGCUUAAGUACAUGGCAACAUUGUGGCAGCCAGUCCUCAAGGAGCUCUUCGCGCCGGACGAAUACCGCCUCGAAUACAUAGGUUGCGUACUCUCCAGACCCGGGGAUGGACACCAAAACUGGCAUUUGGAUGGAGUUCACCGCAACCAGCAUGUCCAGGAGCCUGUGGAUCGCCUCAACGUGUUUGUGCCACUGGUGGCCAUCACCGGUGAGACUGGCGGCACCGAGAUGAAGAGAAAAUCGCACAUUCAUGACAACGGAGCUCGUGGCACCGCGUUUGAAGGUUAUCAAGAUCUCGAGAGUGUUGCCGCCUGUGUGGAGGCGGGGACUCCACUCGUCAUGGACUACCGUGUGUGGCAUCGAGGUGUGGCCAACACGAGCGCAAACACUGUGCGUCCUCUGCUCUACUUCAAAUACGCCAAGACGCCUGUGGUCAAACCUCGAGCUGAGACGAACAAGAGGAGGCGAAUUACACCCAAACUAGUGUAA